GGGUUAAUAGAGAAACUUUUACAUUAGGUUAAAAGCAAGGAAACCCUCCCCUUAUGUGUUUUAUUAUCUCUGCCUCCAUUUCUAACUUAACACUUAGAAAAAAAAAAUUUAUCUCUCUCUCAACAAAAACACACUUCAUAAACAAACGCUUACGGUUCUCCAAUUCGAAUCGAUGACUCCGUCCGGCCAAGCCUCUAACCGUCGUCGCACACGGCCUUCCAACUUAAAUCUACUGGGUAAAUCUUCUUCUUCUCUUCUCGAUAUGGGUUUCUUCAGAUCCCAUUUCAAUGUAUAAACGUUUAGGUUUUGGGUAUGUUCUUCAGAUCCCCUUUCAAUGUAUGUGUUCUGCUUUGUUUGCAUAUAUGCAACAGAGAAGGCCUACAAGGUCUUCACCUUUGGGUUCUCCCAUUCCUCCAGGUCCUUCCAUGCCUCCAGGAGCUAUUGGAUCUACAAGCGCAACAUCUUCAGCUGAAAACAACUACGCUCGUAGAAUCGAAGAGGCACUACUACGUGCCAACCACACCUCCAUCCAAGAAAAAUCAAUGGCGCUUUAUGGUUCGGUGUAGACCCCUGGGACUUGGCAAGGCAACUACAUGGGACAAUAGUCAAGCUGGAAAUUUGUUUCUCAGGAGAGGAAAACUAACUGGUGGCAAUCUUUUGUGCAAAACUUCUAUUGGGAGUCAAGCGGGGUAAGUCAAGCAAAGGACGUAUUAUGGAAUAGGCAGUGUUCAAUACCGGGAUUUUGAUGUUGAAACUCUCAAGACUGACAUGACGACGCACAAAGAUGAUAUGAUAGCCUUGAAGAGUGAGUUCAAGGACGAGAUGGCUGCAACACGAGCUUCACUAAAUGUGAUUCUACAGGCUCUUGGGGUGAAUUCUGCUACCCUCCAACGAGUUAAUCAUACUCAACCUUUUGAUCCUGCUGCAAAACCUAGUAAUCCCAUUGUCCUGAAUGCCACAAUGCCUAACUCUGCCUCGACCUCGACUCCACUUUUGACUCGAGCUCAACAAGCUGACUUUGAAAAAUGUUGUGCGACUCGUGACUUUAACUUCACAAGCACUUAGAUAAGCGGUGUGUCUCUUACUUUAUUGUUAUCUUGUAUUUUUAGCUUGCUUUGCAAAAUAUUUGCAUCUUUCGUAAUACUUAAUCGGCUUUUGUAAGUA